AGCUUUUAUUCAAUGUAUUUAAUGUACAUUCAUCAUCAAAGGCAUUUUGGUAAAAGAUGCAAACUCAUCAUUUCACAUAAUUGGUACUUGCUUCAGCCGCAAGGCUUCUUUUCUUCCAGGAAACCAGCUAGCUGGCUCAAUGUCCUCAGCUUUUCUGCCACAGCUUGUCCUGGUUCCUGACGCCAAAACAAGCAAUGAAUCAGAUGUUUGCCCCAAAGCCCAAGCUACGAACAUUAUGGUUUGUUUCUCUGCAGCAAGUCCACAAAACACAGUCACACAGACGAGACAGCUUGUCGAGGUCUACGAUAGAGGUUCUAAAGUCUGUGAGAAACAACGUUGAAAAAAACGAGGGGCAACAAGGUGAGAAGAACAUGGAAGAGUUACAAACCCAGGGUUCUCAUUCAAGCCCUCAAGGCUGCGGGAGAGUUGGUUGCAGAACUCGACCUGUUUCGCGUGUUUGUCGUUGCAUCAAGCAUUGUGUUAAGGGGAAAGUAGUGAUUACCCAGAACCAGGGGCAAUCAGGUCCUGGGAAAUCAGCAUCAGUGCAACUUUACAGCAGCACCAAAGUUGAUCCAAGCACAGGGGAAGGGAAGUUGAGCCGAAGAGCUUACCUGAGACAUGGAAAGAGCAAGAAGAAGGACAGCGUAAAAACGACAGUAUACAAGAUGAAGUUGUGGGUGGAGGCAGAUUUUGGAACUCCAGGAGCACUCCUCAUUGCCAACCGUCACAAGCAUAAGUUCUUUCUCGAGUCUGUUACCGUUGAAAUUCCAAAUCAGCAUAUUCAUUUCGACUGCAGCUCUUGGGUAUAUCCUGUGGACAAGACAAAAUCAGAGCGUCUUUUCUUCUCAAACACUAGUUACCUCCCAGACCAAACACCUCCAGCUUUGGUGGAGUUGAGGAAGUCAGAACUUGUGAGCUUGAGAGGAGAUGGAACUGGGGAGAGGAAGGAAUGGGAUAGGAUCUAUGACUAUGAUUUUUACAAUGAUUUAGGUCAUCCAGACAAAGGCUGGCAACAUGCUAGGCCCAUCUUAGGUGGUUCCAGAUGGCAUCCAUACCCUUGCAGGGGUAGAACAGGGCGGCCUUCUAGCAAUGCAGAUCCAUUGGCUGAGAGCCGCGGCGAGUCAAUGAAACUGGACAUAUACGUGCCCUCAGAUGAGCAGUUUAGCCCUGCAAAACUUUCAGCCUUCCUUUCAAACUCCAUCGAGGCUACAGUACAUUUUCUUGCCUCUGAAGCAAAAGCUUUGUUAAGAGAUGACUCUAGUGACUUUAGGUCGUUUGACGACCUACGUGAGUUGUUCUCUGGCAAGAGAAGCCAAGCAGUAGAGGAAAAAGUUGCAGAGAAACUGAAGAAAUUAGUACCCUAUGAUCUUUUCAAAGAAGUCACAAACAGAAGCAAAGAAGAUACCACCAAAUUUCCACUACCACAGAUCAUAGCAGGUAAUGCAAAAUUUCCAGACAGCCACCCCAGAGAAUGAUAUUGCCUGGAUGGACGACAUGGAGUUUGCACGACAAAUGCUUGCAGGGAUAAAUCCAACAAGGAUACAAUGUUUACAGGAAUUCCCCCCAAAAGGAAAACACUCAGUGAGCACAAUCAAGGCAUCAGACAUUGAAAAUAACCUUGAUGGUUUGAGUCUUAUCCAGAAAGAUAGGUGUCUUCAAAGAAAGAUAACUGGAGAUACCUGUUCAGAGAACUGGAGAUACUAUGAUCGGAGCCCAUAACUUUCUUGAAAUAUCUCAUAGUAGCGAGCUUCAUUCUGGAUUUUGUUCACACUACAGGCAAUGGAGCAGUGGAGGAUAUUCAUCUUGGAUCACCAUGAUUAUCUCAUGCCCUUUGUGAGCAGAAUAAAUGCCAAUGGUGUUUGUGCUUAUGCAUCGAGAACCUUAUUAUUCUUAAGAAGCAAUGCCACACUAAAGCCGCUGGUAAUAGAACUAAGCUUGCCUGGAUUCUCCAGAAGGACCACCAGCAGCCGAGUGUUUCUUCCAGCCAGUCAGGGCACUGGAGCAGCACUCUGGCAAUUUGCUAAAGCUCAUGUUACGGCCAAUGACUCAGCUCAUCACCAACUAGUCAGUCAUUGGUUGCACACUCAUGCAGUUGUUGAGCCAUUCAUCAUUGCGUCCCGAAGGCAGUUGAGUGUUAUGCACCCCAUCCACCGCCUAUUGCAUCCACAUUUCAAAGACACCAUGCACAUUAAUGCAUUAGCUCGAAAUCUCCUAAUAAACGCAGGUGGGAUCCUCGAGCAAACACUAUUUACUGGUGAAAUUUCUAUGGAGCUGUCUUCUGAGCUUUACAAAGAGUGGAGAUUCAAUGAACAAGCUCUCCCCGCUGAUCUUCUGAAAAGACGACUGGCCCUACAAAACCCUGCCCAUCCAAGCGGGGUCGAGCUGCUCUUCCCCGAUUAUCCCUAUGGUGCAGAUGGACUUGAAAUAUGGCAAGCUAUCAAAACGUGGGUAACAGACUUCUGCACAGUUUUCUACAAAGACGACGACUCUGUUAGGUAUGACAUGGAAAUUCAAGCAUGGUGGUCAGAAAUCCGAAACAUUGGUCACGGUGACAAGGCCCAUGAGCAAUGGUGGUUUAACAUGACAACCAUAUCUGAACUCGUAGAGACUCUAACAACUCUCAUUUGGAUUGCAUCUGCUCUUCAUGCAUCUGUGAAUUAUGGGCAGCAUGCAUAUGCCGGUUACCCUCCAAAUAGGCCAGUACAAUGUCAAAGGUUCAUCCCAAGAGAAAGGACACCCUUAUUUGCUGAGUUCCUAAGAGAUCCUGAUAAAUUUUACGUGGAUAUGUUGCCAGGAAGAUUUCAGAUGACACUUGGUAUAGCAUUAACAGAGGUUUUAUCACGCCACACAUCAGAUGAGGUGUACCUGGGAUGCAGGCCACUAAACUGGACAGACAACAAGGAAGUCAAGCAAAAGUUCAAGAAAUUCAACGAUGCUCUUCAAGAAAUAGAGAAGAAAAUAGUUCAAAGAAACAGAAAUCCAGAGUUGAAGAAUAGAUGUGGACCUGCAAAGUUGCCAUACAAAUUCCUUUACCCAGGGACAUCUAACAACAGAGCCAGAGGGGGGCUCGGUGCAGAAGGGAUACCUAACAGCAUAUCGCUCUAAGUAACUUUGUUGCACAUACCUGCAACUAGAGACAAUGACUUGCGGUACCAUAAAAAUGAUUUAACAUCAGAGUUAAAUGAAACAAACAUUGUGAACUCAAAAUUGCAAUCCCAA